CGCGGUUGUUUUCAAAAUGGCGACGUUACGUUCACGUUUUUGCCUUUCUUGCCCAACGACGAGUAAAGAGCUUGAUUUUAGUGGAAUAAUCAACUCAUUUGCUUUAUAACUGAUCUCUGGUGUAGUCCUUUCCAGUCUGCAGCCAUGGAACCUCCACAGGAGUUUCCCUUCCCUUUUGAACCAUACGACAUCCAGAAAGGCUUCAUGACAAAACUGUACCAAACUCUUGAGGAAGGGAAAGUCGGGAUCUUUGAGAGUCCAACAGGCACAGGCAAGUCUCUGAGUUUGAUCUGUGGAGCUCUUAAGUGGCUACAGGACCACGAGGACAGACAGAAGAGAGAAGUAGAAGAAAUCUUAGAAGGAGCUCGGCCGUCUUCAGCCACAGAAGAAAUCAGAAAGAACUCAUCAGCAGAGCCCACCAUCCCAGCAGCACCAGACUGGGUCCAACAGUUCGCAAAGAAAAGGGAGGCAGAAGAGAGAACUUUAAAGUCAAGGGAAGAACAAGAAGCCAAGGUGAAGCGAGAGGCAAGACUUCAAGAAAUCAGGAAAAACAACAGAGCAAAAUUGUUCACCAACAAGCGAAAGAGAAAAGAUGGUGAGAAGUCAGAAGAAGAAGAGGAAGGUUUUGCCAUGGGGAAGGAUGAAACUUCAACAACUGAUGGGCCUGCUGAGAAAGAGGAAGAUGCAGAACUUCUAGUAGAUGAUUACAAAAGUGAUGAAGAGGAUGGGCCGAAACAAAAAAGGCCAGAGGAUGACCAAGAAGAGGUGCACAUUACAAAGAUCUACUACUGCAGCCGGACCCACUCCCAGCUGGCCCAGUUUGUGAGAGAAGUUCAGAAGAGUCCAUUUGGGAAGGAUGUGAGGGUGGUGUCUCUGGGAUCCAGACAGAAUCUGUGCAUCAAUGACUCUGUCAGGAAGCUGGGGUCAGCUCACCUCGUCAACGACAGGUGUCUGGAGAUGCAGAACAACAAGAAAAAGGAAGAUUCCAGGGGAAAGGGUGAAGAUGAUGACACGAAGCGGAAGAAGAGGAGAAGUUUGUCAGCAGGCUGUCCCUUCCAUCAGCACAUCCCCACCUACAGCGACGAGGUCCUCGCUGAAGUACGGGACAUCGAACAACUUGUCAUCAAGGGACGUGAGAUGGAAGCCUGUCCUUACUACGGGACACGAUACUCCAUACCAGCUGCACAGCUAGUUGCCCUCCCAUACAACACCCUGCUACAUAAACACACCAGGGAAGUCACGGGUAUCAAACUGGCAGGGAAUGUGGUUAUCAUUGACGAGGCCCAUAACCUGGUGGACACCAUCACUGGCAUCCACAGUGUGGAGAUCACAGGAGGACAGAUUGCCCGAGCUUACUCCCAACUCACCCAGUACGCACAGAGAUACAAGUCCAGACUGUUAGCUAAAAAUCUCAGGUACAUCAAGCAGAUCCUGCAUGUCCUCAAGCACUUCAUCAUGUGUCUGGGAGGAAAAGCAGGACACUCCCCUGAAGAACCAAGCACUGGGGUUCCAAAGGUGCAUCUACAGACCAUCAAUGACUUCCUUUUCACUGCUGGGAUGGACAACAUUAAUCUUUUUAAGAUUCAGAGAUAUUGUGAGCAGAGCCACAUAUCCAGAAAGUUGAAUGGCUUUGUGGAAAAAUAUCAGCCAAGCGUCACGUUACAAACAGCAGUAGACACCAAGGCAGACAGUGGGGGAGGGGCGUCUUCAGUAAGUAAGUUCCUUCAACAGAUCAAACAGGGAAGUCCACAGCAAACCGGAGGGACCCAAGAAUCAGACACACAGUCACUGUCGUCAGCUGAUCCCAAGGAGGAGACCCCUCAUCACCAGAGCUCUUCUUCCUUCAUGCACAUCGAGGCUUUCCUUCUGGCACUCACUAACGCUGACAAAGAUGGCAGGGUUGUCAUCAACAAGCAAGCCCGACUGAGCCAGUCCAGUCUCAGAUUCCUCCUGCUGAACCCAGCCCUGCACUUCUCAGACAUCGUCCAGCAGGCCAGAGCUGUGGUCAUGGCAGGGGGAACCAUGCAGCCGGUGUCAGAGUUCAAGGAGCACCUGUUGUUUGCAGCAGGAGUGGAGCCUGAGCGAAUCACAGAGUUCUCCUGUGGUCAUGUGAUCCCUGCCUGUAACCUGCUGCCUGUCGCGCUGGGCAGCGGACCUGUGGGCGGAGCGGUAGACUUCUCCUAUGAGUACAGGAACAAAGAAUACAUGAUGGCUGAGCUAGGUCGGGUGCUGGUGAACCUGUGUAACCUGGUUCCCGCCGGUGUCUGUGUCUUCUUCCCGUCUUACGAGUACGAGAGGCAGGUCUACAAGUUCUUUGAGGACACCGGUGUCCUGAAACGACUGGCUGUCAGAAAGCAGGUAUUUAGGGAGCCCAAGAAGGCCAGCCAGGUAGACCAGGUGUUGUCUGACUACAGCAAGUGUAUCCAGAGAUGUAGAACCCUGGGGUACAAGGCUAUGCCUCUGACCGGUGCCCUGCUGUUCAGUGUGGUGGGAGGGAAGAUGAGUGAGGGGAUCAACUUCUCUGAUGACCUGGGAAGGUGUGUGGUGAUGGUAGGACUGCCCUACCCUAACAUCAAGUCACCUGAGCUGAAGGAGAAAAUGGACUACCUGGAUGCCACACUGCCCCACCAUGCAGGAAAGUCACCAGGACAGAUUCACUAUGAGAACCUCUGCAUGAAGGCAGUCAACCAGUCUAUAGGCCGUGCGAUACGCCAUAAGGACGACUACGCCACCAUCGUUCUCCUGGACCGGCGCUACUUCCGACCUCACGUCUGUACGGCACUGCCUGACUGGAUCUCCUCACACUUACAGACCAUUAGCAAGUUUGGGGACGCAUUUGGCACCAUUAGAAAGUUCUUCCUGGCUAAAAAAGCUGACAGAUAACCCAGGUCAUAACAAGUUCUUCAAGAAGAAGAGCGACCUUCCGUUCCAUGAGUGAAGAAAGCUGUGAUGAGCAGCUACGGCUGACAAAGAUGAUGCAGCAUUUCAGCAGGGCAUACUGCACCUGCAUGAAACCUGUAAUGUGCUGUCUAUAGCACUUCAGCAAAACAUCUUGUUUAAGAUUGUAUUCCUGUAUUUAGGAUAACAUCCCGUCUAUAGUUUUCAAAUAUUGUGUAGGAAAAGAUAUUGGACAACGGGCAAAAUCCUGAUGCAAUGUCGACCAACAUCCAACAGAAACCAUGAAAAAUCUGGGUUUUGCAGAGGUGUGGUAUGCUCUGCCAACAUGCAACCCUGUGCAAAGCGAGAGAUUGUUGCACACUCUGAAAUCAUUUUUAAAAAUUGGCACGUAUUAAAAGAUGGUGCAAAAUAAGCAGAAUUUGUUGGGGUUUUUUUCAUCACCCUCUUGCACCAAAUUGGAGAUCUCCUACAAACAUGAUCAGUGAAUGAAUUUGGUGUGGCCUUCCCAGUGUUGUACCAGCAGGAUGUGGCACCUUACUGCUCACAGCUGGGCCUCCCUGGGCUGUCAAGGCCUGCUAAUCCUGCCCUGCUAGAUUAGCCUGGAUACCAGACUGCUUCCAGAAGGCUUACAUAGCCCAGCUCCUCACUCCAGGGCCAACAUGCCCCAAGGAAAUUUUCCAACAGUCCCCCAUGAAUUAGUAGCAACGUAAGUUUCGAAUUCUUCCCUGCGUGGCUAUAGCCAAAGGGAUAGGUGCACGCAGUAAUCUCCAAGCAGAUCCUAAGGUGGCAAGACAACAGUAGACAUUGGCCAGAAGAGUGAGCAUUAGCCCUAGUGGCUAAUGGUCACUCCUCUGGCUAAGGGAUACUGUUGGAUCUUGUUGCCUUGUUCUGGCAUCCAGGCUAAUGCUAGAUGUGCUUCACGACUUAUAAUGGAGUAGACAGGUGUUCCACCUGUAAAAGGGUUCCUCCUUGGGCUGACCUUGGCAUUGGGGUGACAAGGGGUCAGGGUGUGCUUCCUCUAGGAGGGCCUGCAUGGGGAUCCUGACAAUACUUGACACUGAAUUCAGUAAGACUGUCUAGUAUUUUACUAAAUUCAGGAAGAUUAUGCAAAAUGUGGCUACGAAUUAUGGAUGGUUCCCUCUUUGACCACAUGUGGUUAUCACGUGUCUUCUCUGUAGUUUGUGUACUGUAGACAAUCCAUCAUAUUGGUCAUAAGGCAAUAGGAGUUGAACUUGAAACAACCCAUGGGGAUUACUUCUUAGUAUAAAGUGGACCAGCAGAGUGGAUUUUUCAUGGUUUUCUUUAGAUGUUAUGUCAACGUUGCAUCAGAAUUUUGCCUGUUGCAGACGAUAUCUUUUCCGUCGCACCAUUUAUGAAAACUAUAGACAGGGUGUCGUCCAUAAAUACACAUAUAUGACCUUUUAAAAGAUUUUCAACGUGUUAUUCACAAUACCGA